UGUAUUUCGUUGUUUCCGAUGGUGGAACACAGACAGUUAUGUGAAUAAACCGAAUAAGCCGCUGAACUGGACUAUCCGGUACCGUCCGGUACCAACAAAGACCCACAUACAUCGACUCAUUGACAGCCUCGCUGUGCACACCAACAGUAAUUUCCGACGCGUUCCUGCCCUUGGUUUGGAGCCCAGUGCAACAUUGUCCGUUGCCAACAGCACCAGAGGGACCCAUUUCAUAUUUGGACCUGCGUCGUCGUCUGCUCCUGCUGCUGCUGCUGCUGCUGCUGCUGCUGCUGCUGCUGCUGCAGUGACUGCUCUUAGAUUGGCUCAGAUUGAGACUAGGGCGCAAAUUGCUCUCCAGCAGGUUGCCACUCUUGCAACCAUAACUAUUGGCAACCAGUGUCACAACAACGGAUUGUCAGUAGCAUUGCUUCCUCAUCUGGCUCUCCUGAACUUUCUCAAUAAACAUCAGGUAUAUGCUGUUGGGGCAAACAUAGACAUUGACAACAAAAUCUACAGAAAAAAUCAACGGAAUCCGUCUUCUGCCAUGUACCACCACCACAACCAGCAACAAGGGCCACCGCCCUUCUCUAAUGGGUCAAGGCCUCCCCAUCAUCAGCCAGCUCAAAAUCCACAUGCAAAUCGUUCUCCCUCCAAUAUGUUGUCCAUGGGUUUCCAGUUUCCUCGUCCCACCCAGCUCCCUGCGGAGCUAGAGUCUGCCCUGGCUAUCCGGGGUGCUAGGGACAUGGACCACCGCCUCAUUGACCACACAAACCGACAGAACCAAGGCUCAGGUUCUGGUAUCGGCCAACAUGGAAGCUACGGCUCCAACCAAAUAACACCUACCCCUGAUAAUCAGCCUGACCAUCAGCAAGGAGUAGACUGGUCAAACUACCAACCUCCAUCUAAACUGUUUGCCAGUCCUCCACCUAGUAAUAGCCACCAGUCCCAGCGACACCAGGGGCCUCAACAGCAGCCACAGAGCAGCCAUGCUGGAACAAGCAUGCCAAACUGGACUACCACUGACUCUGCUUCAUCCACAGCGCGACAUCCCCAUGGUGGCAGGAGUGGUGGCGGUGGAGAUGGUCAGGCUUUGUACACGCCUGAGAGUGCAGGAAGCAUCUUGGCUAGCUUUGGACUUUCUAAUGAGGACUUGGAAGUGCUGAGUCACUACCCAGAUGAUCAGCUUACCCCAGAUACUUUACCAUUCAUACUCCGUGACAUCCAGAUCAACAAGUCAGGCACCCAGAAGACUGUGGCUCCCACAACCUCCUCUGCGUUCUCACGUGGGAUCCAUGAUCCGUCUGCUUCCAACUCUUCAAAAUUAGCGCGUUCACGCUCACCGGAAGUGCCCAGUCUGUUGACUGUUACACAGACAGCAGGUAAAGUCAUCGACUAUGGUCAUGCAAGUCGGGCAAAGGAGGAGAAUAAUACCAGAGAAACUUUUAAAAGAGAGCCGCUCUCCAGCGAAAGGACAGUUAAAAUGUUCCCAUCUUCAUCAGCCUCAUCGGCUCCAAAAUUAGAAAAAACUGAAAAGCGACAGGUUCGUUUGGAACACAGUGAAUCAAGCAAGCACGGAGACCGGGACUAUCGCAGGGCAGAUAGCGACCAUCGCAAGAGCAAUCGAGCAUCAGGGGGAGGAUUUACACCAUCAUCCAAAUCUCGUAAUCUAAACCAAGACUACAGGCGUGAAGGACCCAAACCUAGGCCCUCACCUGAAACCAAGAACGAAGCUUCCUCGAGGCGGUCUCUCUCCUCUUCAUCUGGCUCCCAACCUCACAGCAGCAGCAAGAAGUUACCUACUCCCAGCAUGAUAAGUGAUUUCUCAGCUGUGUCUCCAAAGGUGUAUCCCCAUACCUGCUCCCUGUGCCGCACUCAGUGUGAUCAGGAAAAGGACUGGUUUUACCAUAUAAACACCGUCAACCACACUGCUGCCUGCAGAGACCUGCUCAACAAUGUGUGUGUGUGUGUGUGUGUGUGUGUGUGUGUGUCCAUUAGGGGCGGACAACAGGGCAGCUCUCCAUCCCACUCUGUGCCUCGGUCCCUCUCUGGUUCUCCUCCUGCUGGCAGACGCAGGCCCGGGCCCCAUAGGCCGCACACCAGGCCGUACUCGCCUCACCAGCCUCGACACCAACCCUACACAGAGCACAGCUAUCGACCCGGCUCUCGCAGCCCCACUCGAUCAAACCAAGUCCCCCCUUUCUUCAGAGAGAACCGGCCUGAAAGGAGAGACAGGGAGGCAUCAGGGGGUUACGCUCGCUGUGGUGUGAAGCGUCCACAUGAUGACAUCAGCCGACAUCCGUCCUCCUUUAGGGCGGGUCAGGGCUUCAAGCAUGGGCCGCCACAUUCUUUCAGCAAAACUUUCAAGAGCGGAGCCAGGCCUGGAACAAAGACGACCAAGACAACAAGUGCCAAGCCUCCUGGAGCUUGUGCCAAGCUUCCACCAGCCAAGAAAAAGAAGAAAAUGGGUUUUGGGUGUCUGGUUUAUCUGACUGGCAUCCCAAAGGAUGCAUCUGAACAGGAAGUGACUGACCUGGUGGGGUCCUUCGGCAAGAUCAACAACGUGAUCCUCAUGCCAAGCUCUGAGGAAGAGAGCGAGAAGGACGAAGGGCAGAAGGCGUCUGUUUGCAUGAUGAGGGCUGAAGAUGCCCUGGCUCUGGCCAACUCCACACAUCUCUCCAUUAGAGACCAACAGAUCACUUCUUUAACAGCAAAGAAACCUGAAAUAGUAUGGCCUUCUGAAGCUAACAGCAUACCUGCUCCAGGACCGGACAGUGGUGCUGCUGGGCCAGACUAUGGAGCUGAGUCUGACAAGAAGACGUCUGAUGAGAAGGCCAUGGUGUUGAUCACAGGACUUCCUGAGAGCGGCUGGUCAGAGAAUAGCAUCAUUGAGCUGGUGCAGCCCUUUGGAACUCCCUCUGACAUCAUCCAGGCAGCACACAUCGGAAAGGUUAUUGUGUCAGUGCCAGACAUGGAGAUUGCUCAAGAGAUGGUAAAAGUCCACUCCUUCACUCCUGCCAGGAUGAAUGACUCUGAGCUGAAGAUGAUCCCUCUCAACCAUCGGAUCAGUGUCGGAACACCGGUGGCUCUCUACAAUCUUCUGAUGGGAUCAGUGGACCCAUUAGAGAGUUUUGCUCCAGUCGGCUGGAACUGCCUGCUGGUGAUCAGAAACGUUCCCAACACGCCGUCCGGCUGCUCCGAGGUCCAGAAGCUGGUGCGACGCUUUGGGACCGUCAUCAAGACCCUAGUGCUCAACAAACUGGUCAUUUGCGAGAUGGCAACAGCAGCCAUGGCGUUGUCUGUUCUGAAACGCUUCAGGAAUUUUCCGUGCAUCAUCCAGAACAACCCUCUGUUCUUCUCCCGCAAGCCGGACCCCAGAGCCCGCACACAGACCAAAGUCAUCACUGCAUCCCAUGAUCCAUCUGAGAAUACACCUGUGAAAGGCAGCCAGGCGGAAACAGCUGAAGAAGAGUCGGUCCAUAAAGAGAGCUCUGAAUCUCCAUUGGAGGUGAUUGAAAGAGACGCUCACGGGCAGGAAGAGGAGACAAACACAGCUGUUGAAGGUGAAGUCGUGGGACAAGAGUCGAGUAAAGACGAUGAGAUCCAAAAGGACGAGCCUCCUGCUCCUGCUUCUGACUCUCUGGCUGCACCGGAGGCCCAACUGGAGGCCCAACCGGAGGCCCACCAACCGGAAGCCCAACCGGAAGCCCAACCGGAAGCCCAACCGGAAGCCCAACCGGAAGCCCAACCGGAAGCCCAACCGGAGGCCCAACCGGAAGCCCAACCGGAAGCCCAACCGGAAGCCCAACCGGAAGCCCAACCGGAAGCCCAACCGGAAGCCCAACCGGAGGCCCAACCGGAAGCCCAACCGGAAGCCCAACCGGAGGCCCAACCGGAAGCAGGCCAGGCGACAGACGCCAGGGAUGAUUCAGCUGAAACUGUCCUGGAGGCCUCGGAAGAGAACAUGGACGUCACUGCAUCCCCAGCAGGAGAUGAUGUGACUCCUGCUGAUGAAGGAAGAAAGCCAUCCAUCUCUGAGGGGAAAGCAGCUUCCCAGGAGACGGCCCUGCCCGAGCUCCCUAAGGUUACUCAAGCGAUGGUUAACGCACUGCUUGUGGAGUGCAGAACUCACCAUCCCAACAACAGAGCAGCCGCUAACGGAGAACCAAGGGAAACCCAGACGGAGACAGAGCAGGGGGAGAAAACAGCUGAGGAGACAACAGAGCCCGCCAACAACAACACAGAGGAGGGGGGGAAGAUGCAGGAGAGGGAGAGAAAAGAGAGGGAGGCCAGGAAGGAGAAAGAGGUGAGGGAGAGAGAGAGGAAGGACAGGGAGAGAAGGGCCUUGGAAAAGGAGGAGAGGGCCAGGCGGGAGAAGGAGGAGAGGGCCAGGAGGGAGAGGGAGGACAGAGCCAGGUGGGAGAGGAAGGAGAGAGACAGAAGGGACAGGAAGAGAGCGCACGGGGAGGGGUCAAGGUCCUAUGGAAGAUCAGGGGGGUACAAGCAGAGCUCCUGGAGGGAGGAACAGAAGAACAGAACGGAGGAGGAGGAGCGUGACGACUUCCCCUUCAACAUGAGUGACUUUGUGACGCUGGAUGAAGUUGGAGAUGUGGCAGACCUUCCUUCCUCUCCUCCCUCUGGUCCCACUGAAACAGCAGGGGGGGGACAGGCUGCUCCCACAUCUGUCCUGCAGGCUGCUCCCACAUCUGUCCUGCAGGACACUCCAGAGGACACGCCCAUGGAGGUCACAGCAGAAACAAUGAUGUCUGAGACCCCGGGGCCCCGGCCUGAAGAGCACGCAUCAGAGUGUGAAGCUGUGACCAUGGUGACAGCUGAGACUUCAGAUGGUUUAGUGUCUUCAGAAUCAGCAGAUUCACAAACACACGUGCCGACAUGUCAACAGGCUGACAUCACUCCUGACACAGAAGCCACUCUGGACUCCAACACUGAGGGUGAAGUGCUUCCUGCAGCCCAGUCCUCAACACAUGAACCAGCAACAGGAACAAUGACUUCAGAGAGUGAAAGAGAGGAGAAAGAGGACAAGGUGUCGGCAAAAACUGAGGAAGAGGAGACGGUUAAGGAUGAAGAGGAGAAGAUAAAGGAUAAAACUGAAAAGAUAAAGGAACAUGACAAGCUGAAGGAUGAAGAGGGCAACGCAGAGAAUCAGGAGAAGAUGAAUGAUGAACAAGAAACAACAGAGGAGCAGGAGAAGAUAAAGGACGAAGAGACGGGGGCUCCUGCUGUUGAGACAGGAAAGCACGAGAUGUCUGAAGUUGAAAACACAGCAGAGGAGAGUGUGAAUAAGAAAACAAAGAUGGACACUGCCAUGAGCACAGGCUACUCCCUCCCUCCCUUUGACCCCACGAGCCCAGUUGGUAUGGAGUUCUUGACCCCAAAGACGGGUUUCUUCUGUAAGGUGUGUAACAGGUUCUUCAACGGAACCAAAGAGGCAGAGAUAAACCACUGCAAGACCCUCAAACACUACGAGAGCCUGCAGAAACACCUGCAGACCAUGGACACAGCCAACCUGAAUACCUGAAUGUGGCUUUGGAAAUCUUCACUGAAUGUAUCAUUCCCCUCCUCUUGUAUUGUCUCUUCAUUUCAAGGUUCCAGAUUCUCAUGUUGAUCUAGAUUAGUGUCAGUUUGAAUAUGUAUUAUAGAUUUUUCAUUUACGAUUUUAAGAGAAACAUGUUGAAGAUGGCUGGCAGUAAGAACUGUGCACAAUCAAUAAACUGUUUGAGUAAACUGUG